AUGGAUCGAUUUCAUUUUUACUAAAAGUGCUACUUCUCAAAUCCUUUGAGUAAAUUAUAAAAAUAAACCCUUGAUGACGCAGAAAUCGAAGAACCUUCAGAAAAUCGUGAGACAAUGUCCUCAUCUUACAAUUAAAUUGUCAUCAUUUAAUCCCUUCAUUCAAAAACAAUUAUAGAGAAUUUUGAAGACAAAAGGAAACAUAAACAAUCCUGGAGGGAUGACUUUACUUGGCUUUGA